CAGUCAAUCAUCAAUGAUUCCAUGGAACAGUCAUGGAGACCACAACUCGGCUAUGGAGUGGCUGCAUGCAACCUGCACGACGUCAUUAGCCGUCCUCGGGUCAACCAACCCGUUCAUCGUUCGUUCGUUCAUUCAUUCAUUCAUUCAUUGAGCGCUCAAUCUCCUUCCAACUCCCUCAAUACCAUCAAUUGACCACGACCACGACCACGACCACGACCACCACCCUCGCCUCCACCUAACGCUUCUUCCUCCUCAUCACCCACAGCACCAAUAAUACCACCCAAUUGCCCCAACCAACCAACCAACCAACCAACCAACCAUGGUCUCAACCCGCCAUCACCCCGACGACUUCCCACCACCGCCCACCUCCCCCUCGACAACAACCCCAUCCCCAUCCCCAAACGCCAACAACAACAAUAACAACACCUCCAAAAAAUGGGUCCACACCCCCUCCACGCCGAUCACGCUGUGGUUCCUCUUCUCUGUGCCCCUGGUCCUCUGGGACGCGGGCUACGUCCUCCUGCGCCCGCACUCCAUGCCGGGCCACCGCCUGCACUCGCCGCUGUGGACGCCCUACGCGCUGUACGGCACGAUCGACUACAUCUACGGCUGGCCGGCCUUUAAUGCCCGUAACGGCUUCACCGCCGCGCAGACCGUGCUGAACCUGCUCGAGAGCGCCGGGUACCUCUACUACCUGGCCGUCGUCUACCGCCACGGCACCAGCCUGACGGCCAACGGCCGCGGCGGGCAGCGCCACCCGCACAAAGGGGUGGGAUGGUUCUUGCGGGAGACGAAGGUCGUGGCGGGGCGGACGGGCGCGCUGGCGCUGCUCGUCGCGUACAGUGCGUCGGUGAUGACGGUGGGGAAGACGAUUCUCUAUUGUGGGUUGCGCUCGGCCCCCGGCCCCCCUCUUCCCAGCUCUCCGAGGGCUUUGAGGCGGGGAGGUUGAUGGGACUACGGAUUGCUGAUCUUGAUAUCUAUUGACAGGGCUGAACGAGGUGUUCUCCGGGUUUGAGAAUAUCGGUCACAAUGAUCUCUGGACCUUGGUUUUCUUCUGGAUUAUUCCUAAUGGUCUGUGGAUUGUCUUCC